AUGUGUGCUAUCGACUCUCGAGAACACGGUGUCACUGGGUGUCUUCAUGCAAACCAACAGAGGAUUGUUCACGGGAAUCAAGUCUUUAAUAGAAAUCAAGGCAAAGACUCAACUUAUCCGGAUCACGCACGAUUGAAGUGCAAAAGAUCAAGGUACAACCCAAGACCUCGCAAGACUUUGUCAAUGGUAUAUUAG